AUUGGGAACAUCACGACCGUCCGUGCCUCCGUCUCAACAGCAGGGCUUCCAAUCUUCUUCUACACUCGUUUCCUCGUUCGACCUUCCCUCAGGUUUCACAUACCGCCGCAGCGGCUAUAUCUUUCCUGAAAACCCUAGAUUCCUUCAGAUCAUUUUGGUUGAGGGAGAAGGGAUCGAUGGAUUCUGAUAAGGGGAAGCUCUUUAUCGGGGGAAUUUCUUGGGAAACAACUGAAGAGAAGCUGAGCGAUCACUUCGGUAAAUACGGAAAUGUCCUGCAGACAGCGGUGAUGAGGGAUAAAAUCACCGGUAAGCCAAGGGGUUUCGGAUUCGUUGUCUUCGCGGAUCCAUCCAUUGUCGACCUAGUCCUUCAAGAUACACACGCCAUUGAAGGCCGCACCGUGGAAGUUAAAAGGGCAAUGUCAAGAGAAGAGCAGCAUACUGGUUUUAGAUCAGGGAACACCAACAUGGCUAGAAAUGCCGGUGGUGGUGGCGGCGGAGGUGGUGGAGGCAACUUAAGGACAAAAAAACUAUUCGUAGGAGGACUCCCCCCUACUCUUUCCGACAUGGAGUUCCGUGAAUACUUUGAAGCCUUUGGCAUUGUCACCGAUGUUGUUGUGAUGUACGAUCAGAAUACCCAGCGGCCUAGAGGUUUUGGUUUCGUAACAUUUGAUUCAGAGGAUUCCGUUGAUCGUGUGUUGCAAAAGCAGUUUCAUGAUGUAGGAGGAAAAGCAGUAGAGGUCAAACGGGCCCUUCCAAAAGAUGCAAAUACUAGCAGCACCGGUAGUCGUUCCAGCAGCGGUGGAAAUUAUCAGUCUUAUUUUGGUUCCAGUGCAAAUGCUAGUUCUUACGAGAAUAGAAUGGAUGCCGGUAGGUACGUGCAGCCGGCAGGAAGCGGUGCAGGCUACAAUCUCUAUGGUUCUCCUGGUUAUGGUGCUCCUGCCUAUGGUUAUGGAGGACAUAGUGGCUACGGAAAUCCGAGCGGUCCUGGAGCAGGUUACUUGAGCGGAUCUUCGGGUGCUUCAAGGAGUUCAUGGAAUCCUCAAGCUCCAAGUGGGUAUGGAUCUGCUGGUUAUGGUGCAGCUGGACCUUGGAACACUCCUGGUAGCGGAGGACCUGGUUCAGGACAUACAGACCAGUCACCCGGCGUUGCAGCCGGCUAUGGAAGUCAGGGAUAUGGGUAUGGUGGGAACGAAGGAGCUUAUAGUAAUCAGGCUGGUUAUGGUUCCGUCGGAGGCCGCAGUGGCGGUCUAGCUGGAAAUUCUAUUGGCGGCGAACAGGGUGGAAAUUCUGGUUAUUCAAAUGCUUGGAGGGUUGAUCCUACUCAGGGAGGCGGCUAUGGAACUGGUCCGUUGAAUGCAACCAUUGGGAGCUGCUGUAUAUAUAUUGUUGCAAAAUGUUGAGCCGUGAGUACUGUAAUCAUCCAGCAGGGGCCAAAUUUCGCUUGCAACGAGCCAAUGAUCCAUGGUAUGUAAUUUUAGCUAUUCAUUGGUGGUAGAUAAAUUUUCUUGUAAGCAAUAUUCUGUUUAGGAUUUACGUGCAUGCCAUGUAAUUUUCAUGUAUUUAGAUGUCUAGCACCUAAACUCACAUAUACCACUUAAAACCUUUAACAUGACAUUAAAAAUACCACCAUUGUUAUCUUUUUAA